CUCUACGUAACCAUAGCAACCGAGCAGCGUGCGAACUGCGCGCAUUUUUCCCAAGGCUGACGUUAUUUAGCUGGAAAGCUACUUGUUGAUACAUGUUUCAGUUGUUCGAUGUAGUUUCGUUUACUUUAAUUGUUUCAUUCGUCGCCAGUUGAUAAUCAGAACCGGAAAAGCCGAAACCACAAAUUUGUCAGGUGUUCACAAUGGAAAUCCUUGCUCAACAACAAACGGAAAGUUCAGCAUUUGAUCCUGCUGCCGAAAAGAGGCACAAUUUUAUUUGAGUUAUUGUUACUCCGAAAUAUAUCAGUGCUUGCGAUGAGCAAUUCGAGCCCGGCUGCAUUUCGGGUGAGCCAGCACUCACCUACGCCCAGUGAUGUUCUGGAGCAAAGUAACGCAUCGGAUGGUUCCAGCAGUAUUACGGAAUACAGCGAAGAAAUAUCGAGAGUCCGUUUGCGCCGUUUGGAAUUCAUUGAGCAAAAACUAUCUCAGUUCAAAAGUUUCACUCAGCAACGUAUGUUGGACCGUGAGGCUGGACUGCCUAGGGGCAAACAGAAGAAUGCCCACAAGAGUACAACUCCUAAAGGAAGGAAACGUCAACAGAAAGUCCAAUUGAAAAAUGAUGAGGUAAUCCAGUUUACCGAUUCUCCGUCAUUCAUCAGGGGAACCAUGCGUGACUACCAAGUGGAUGGAUUGAACUGGUUGAUAUCGCUUUACGAGAACGGCAUGAAUGGCAUCCUUGCGGAUGAAAUGGGUUUGGGAAAAACCGUUCAAGCUAUCUCGAUGUUAGGUUUUCUGAAACACUACAAGGACAUCAAGGGACCUCAUUUGAUAAUUGUCCCACUGUCGACAAUAGGAAACUGGUGUCGUGAGCUAAAGCGUUUCGCUCCAGAUAUAAAAGUUCUCCAAGGGCAUUGCUACAGAAACGAGAAAAAGCAAAUGCACGAAGUCUUGGCCGCUACCCGACGUUCCUGGGAUGUUGUCGUAACCAGUUACCAAUUUUUUGUGUCCGAAGGUGGCUACUUCAGAAAACAGAAUUAUCACUACGUAGUCGUUGACGAGGCUCAGCGUUGCAAGAAUGAGAAAACUCUCCUCGCCAAAGCAUUGCGAAGUACGACAUACCGCAGUAUAUUAUUUCUUUCCGGCACACCUAUCAACAAUAAUUUGCACGAACUGUGGGCAUUGCUAAAUGUACUGCUGCCGGAGAUAUUCCGCGAGGCGGAUGAUUUCGAUUCGUGGUUCAAAGUUGAAGACUGCAUUGAUCCAAAUAACGAACGGGCUCUAAGGCUAAAAAACAUUCUCAAACCAAUUAUGCUGCGUCGAAUCAAAGCGGAUGUAGAACUGACAAUACCGCCAAAAAUUACAACCACGAUAUUUAUGCCACAAACCAAAGAGAUGAUGCUCUGGUCCAAAAAAGUGUUAACCAAAGAUGUCCAGAUUGUGAAGGGGAACGGGUCUAUGGCGCACUUUUCGAUGUGCAACCUAUAUCCGUAUCUACGGGAAGUGACGCUGCAUCCUUAUUUGAUGCCUGGGGCUGAGCCAGAACCACAUCAAAUGGGCCAACACCUCGUGAAUGCAAGCUCGAGAAUGAUCGUUUUAGACAAACUUUUGCAUAAACUGAAGAAACGUGGCUCACGAGUGUUGAUCUUCUCUCAGUUCAGUAUGCUGUUGAACAUCCUUGAAGACUAUCUCGUGUGGAGGGGAUACAAUUACUGCCGCUUGAGUGGCUAUACCAGGCAGGACGAGAGACAAGCUUCACUGGACGAAUUUAACGCUCCUGGUUCGGACAAAUUUAUUUUUAUGCUCACCACCCGGGCCGGAGGUGUGGGUAUUAAUCUGCCCACCGCGGAUACGGUCAUUUUUUUCGAUAUCGAUGCAAAUCCACAGCAGGAUUUCCAGGCCGAAGACCGCGCUCAUCGGAUUGGGCAGCUCAAACAGGUCCACGUGUUUCGCUUCAUAGUUCUUGGUACGGUCGAUGAACAUUUGUACGAAUACUCAAUGCGCAAAAUAGCGCUAGAUGCAGCCAUUAUAAAGAAAAGUGCGGGUCAUUUCGAUGUAAACGCCGCUAUAAAGCUACACCGUGAAAGGCUCGAAGGAAACAACAGUCUCCAUAUUGAAUCGGUCGACCAACAGCUGGAUGAUAUUUUCAAUGAAGUUGAUAAUGGUGGAAGAACCGUAGCAAAUGGAUCUAUUUUCAAGAAAGUUUACCUUAAGUCUCGUUCAAAGCGAUCUCGGUCGGAAGAGCGUAUACUCGAGGGUGUCCCUAUCAAACAGGAAGAUAUUGUUGAAGAGGAUAUGAAUAGCUCGGGUUAUGUUUAUCGAUCCCGAAGUGCGAAGAAACCAAAGCGCGAAUAAGAACGUGUGACAUUCCCAUUUUUUUGCUUUUACGUUUAAAUUUUUGUUUUGUUGACCGUGAAUACAUUGCCAUAUCGAGAAUAGGUGUUAUUUCCACUACUGAACUAUUUGAGUAUUUUUAUUCUAAUAUGUUAUUCUGUUAAACCAAACAUUCCCUCACCAAUAAAACAUUACAAGACAUUGUCAUUUACUUUAUUUCAACGUUUAUGAGACUAAAAUAAAAUCGCGGGGCAUAUGAUGAACGAACUAACCGUGGAUAAUGGAAAUUCGACAUGCCCACGAUUUUAGUUUUGUCUCAUCAUUGCCAUAGAUUAAUUUAAGAAGCGAUGUGAUAACUACUAACUGCAACCUGCCUAACUAUUUUCUAGCUUUUAGUACAUUAAACCGUUUAACUUAAAAAGUUUUCUUUUACUUUUUUUUUAUUUUCUAGUUUGUAGUACACAUCUGUAUGAUUACAA